GCCUCAGCGCGCGCAGAGACGUUUCCAGAAGACGCGCAGGUGUCAAGUCAUAUUUCAUCACCGAAAACUUACCAAACUUAUAUUUGAUACUGAGAGAUGGCUUCAAAGUCCAAGGAUAAGGAUCAGGAAAAGGAUAAGGAGAAAUCCGAGAAGGCUUUGGCUGCCGAAAAAGAGCAGUUUGUCAAAUCACAGCUGAACAGCAUCACCAAGUGCGUCAAUACCCAGGAGACUUCCCUGAAGGAGAAGCAUGCCCGCAACAUCAUCCUAGGCUCCCAUAAGGAGGGGGGUGCGGUGACCUUCUGGUCUCACGCCGUCAGCCUGCCGCUGUCCAGCAACGCCAUCCUCAGCUGGAAGUACUGCCACAUGGUACACAAGAUCCUGAGAGACGGACACCGCAAUAGCCUGAAGGACACGUAUAGCCACACUCCCAGCAUCAGACAGAUGGGGGCGCUCUGGGGGAGUCUGCAUGAUCGCUACGGCCACAUCGUCGCCCUCUACGUCAAGUUCCUCUGCAUAAAACUCGAGUUCCACAAAAAGUACACAGCCAUCCCGGUCACCCUGGCUGCUACGGAUGAUGAGAUCGAGAGAGCCAUGGCCGUCGACAUCAACCGAGUCUAUGAGAUGGCGCUGGAGGUUCUGGACUACAUGGAUGCUGCUCUCAAACUGGAAGAGACCGUAUUUGGCCAGUUGGACUCUCAUAACAUCAGCCCUACGGCGGUGGUGGCCCAGUGUCGUCUAGCGCCCCUAGUGUUGAUCCUGCAGGACUGCAGCCCUCUAUACCACCUGCUCGUCAAGCUGCUCUUCAAACUGCACAGCCGUGUACCCCCAGACAGCCUGCUGGAGCAGCGAGAGAGAUUCCGCAACCAGUUUGAUGGGCUGACGAAGUUCUUCCAGAGGGCCCGGGAGAUCGACUUCUUCAGGAAAAUCAUAGAGAUCCCAGAAUUCCCUGAGACUGCCCCAAACUUCCUGCGUGCGGCUACCCUUGGGGAGUAUGUGAAGCCAGAGGUCAUCCCUCAGCCAAUCACACAGCCGGAGGAGCCUGCCUGGGGGGCGGAGCCAGCUAUGGGCCAUCCAAUGCACUAUGCAUACAACCAGUAUCCUGAACCAUCUGAGGCCGGGUUUGAAAUACGGGAGCCUGAGGUAGAGAGUCUGAGGCUGCAGCUGGAGGCUGUUAAACCAGAACUGCAGUCAGUUAAAGCAGAGGCUCAGCGCUGUGUGACUCAGCUGCAGUCCCAGGUGCGCCAGUUGGAGGCGGAGCUUGUGGACCAGCGGGAGCAGAAGCAGGUGGCGUUGGUGGAGCGAGAACAGAUGAAGAUGGAGGUGGACGCGCUACGGCAAGCUGUGCAGGCCACACAGUACGCAGUGCGCGAGAGAGACGGUCGUGCCCAGGCUGCUCAGAUGCACUUCUCCAAGCUGAAGGAGAAACACGCUGAGCUGGUGUCACGGCACGCAGACCUCAUGAGGAAGAGCACAGAGACCCAGAAGGAGUUGGCUAAUGCGCAGCAGGCCAAAGAGGAGCUAGUGAGGGGCAGGAGGCAGCUGGCAGAGGAACUGGAGAGAUACAAGAUGGACAACAGCUCUCAGUCUCGUGAUCAGCAGUUGGAGCUGGAUCGCCUCCGGAGGGAGCUAGAGGGCAGCAGAGCUCAAGUGGCCCAGAUCACCAGCAGCAUGCAGGGCAGAGAACAGGCGAGUGAGCAGUUGAAUGCUGUCCUCGCUGGUGUCCAGGCAGAGCGCGAGUCUCUGAGGAGGACGGUUCAGGAGCAGGAGGCCCAGAUCUCCCAGCUGCAGCACAGCGCCACCUUGCAGCAGAGCAGCACACUGCAGGAGAGGGACGCAGGACAGAGGGAGAUCGCAGCACUCAGGCUACAGCUACAGGAACUGGAGCGUGUGGUGGAGCAGCAGCGUCGUGAGAUUGAGAGUCUGAAGAGAGAGCUGGAGGAGAAGAGGAUAGAGGCCUCCAGGGCACAGGGGGCACUACACUACAAGGAGUCGACCAGUGAGCAGUUGAAUGCUGUCCUCGCUGGUGUCCAGGCAGAGCGUGAGUCUCUGAGGAGGACGGUUCAGGAGCAGGAGGCCCAGAUCUCUCAGCUGCAGCACAGCGCCACCUUGCAGCAGAGCAGCACACUGCAGGAGAGGGACGCAGGACAGAGGGAGAUGGCAGCACUCAGACAGCAAGUGCAGGACAUGGCGUCUCGAGAGGCAGAGCUGCGUCGUAAGCUUCAGGACGAGCAGUUUGCGUUGCUGCAGUGUGCGGUGGUGGAGGCGGAGGGCAUCGUGCUGGAUGCGCUGGCUAAAGUGGACGACCCGCUACACGUCCGCUCCACCUGCUCCCCCGACUACCUGCUGGAGAGGGCCAACGCAGCACUCGGCUCCAUAGACAAGAUGCAGCACAGCCAUGCAGACUACCUCAGGAACAAAGACGAUGCCAGUGGGCUACUGCGAGCCGUGACCCAGUUCUCCCACCUGGCCGCCGACACCAUCGUCAACGGAGCCGCCACCGCACACUCAGCACCAAUGGACCAAGCUGACCGUCUGAAUGAUCACUGCAGGGAGUGCGCCACCAACUGCCUGCAGUUCCUGAAGGAGCUGAAACUGCAGCCCACUCUGGCCGGAGCUCAGCCCUCCGCAAUACGUUAUGUCAUACAGCGAAUACUACAGCUAGGACAGGAUUUGCGUCCUAAAGGCCUUGACGUCCAGAAGAAGGAGCUGGGAGACAUUGUAGAUAAAGAGAUGAUGGCCACCUCCUCUGCCAUCGAGGAAGCCGUGCUGAAGAUGAGCGAGAUCCUCAGCACCACCAAGAGGGGGGCUCCAGGGGUCAAACUACAGGUCAACUCAAGCAUCAUCAACUCCUGUUCGGACCUCAUGAAGGCAGUGCACAUGCUGGUGACCUCAGCUACUGACCUGCAGAAAGACAUCGUGGAGAGCGGAAGAGGAGCGGCGUCCGUGAAGGAGUUCUACGCCAAGAACUCCAACUGGACAGAGGGCCUCAUCUCCGCAUCCAAGGCUGUCGGAUGGGGAGCCACACAACUACUGGACUCUGCUGACAGGCUGUCUCUGGAUCAGGGGAAAUAUGAGGAAGUGAUCGUGUGUUCGCAUGAGAUCGCCGCCAGCACUGCACAACUCGUCGCCGCCUCCAAGGUGAAGGCGGACCGCAACAACAGGAAGCUGCAGAGGCUGCAGCAGGCCUCGCGUCAUGUGACCGACAUGGCUGCCUCCGUGGUAACCUCCACCAAGACGGGACAAAUGCAGAUGGACGACAUGGACACUAUGGACUUCUCUGGAGUUUCCCUCAUCAAGCUCAAGACAGAGGAGAUGGAGACUCAGGUGCGUGUGUUGGAGUUGGAGUCUAAUCUUGCUAAGGAGCGCGUGCGACUGGGCGAGCUGCGGAAGAAGCAUUACGACCUCUCUGGCUCCGCCUCCUCUUCACCCACCGAGCCUCACCCCCAACCCUCCAUUGCCAACGACUACGCCGACUUCCCCCCUCCCCCUUCCCCCACGCUCUUC